AUGGCUAAUCUCGUAAUUACAAUAUCUAUCUAUCUAUCUAUCAGAUUGUUCUAUCUCUCUCUCUCUCUCUCUCUCUCUCUCUCUCUCACUCUCUGUUUUGUUCACAUCUAUCUAUCUAAAGUUGUUUAUAUCUAUCUCACUCUGUUCAUAUGUAUCUAUGUAGGAAUCUAUCAUCUAUCUAUCUAUCUAUCUAUCUAUCUAUCACUCUCGUUUCUGUUCCUUCUCUCUCUUACCACUUUCUUUUCUUCUUCUUCUUCUUCUUCUUCUUCUUCUUCUUCUUCUUCUUCUUCUUCCUUUCCAUUAAUUGAUUCCUUCUCUCUUUUUUCACCUUCAUCCUUUCCUGUUCUUCUCUCUUUUCAUCUUCUUCAUCUCCCCUCUUUCCCUUACUUUCUUUCUUUUACAAUCCUCCUUUGUUUUAAUUUCCUUCUUUGUCUUAAUUUCAUUCUUUCCUUUUAUCUAAUCCUUCCUCUUUCUGUCUUUCUUCCUCUUAAUCUACGUCUUUCUCUUACUGUCCUUCAUUCUCUUACUCUCCUUUAUUCUCUUUCUUUCCUUCUCUCUCUUACUGUCCUUCUUUCUCUUCCUCUCCUUUAUUAUCUUUCUUUCCUUCUCUCUCUGUCCUUCUCCUUCAUUCUCUUUCUCUUACUCUCCUUUAUUCUCUUUCUUUUUCUCCUUCUCUCUCCUACUGUCCUUCUUUCUCUUUUUUCUUCUUUAUUCUCUUUCUUUCCUUCUCUCUCUUACUGUCCUUCUUUCUCUUACUCUCCUUUUUCUCUGACUGUCUCUUUCUUUCCUUCUCUCUUUCUUACUGUCCUUCAUUCUCUUACUCUCCUUUAUUUUCUUUCUUUCCUUCUCUUCCUUCACUCUCUUACUCUCCUUCUUUCUCUUACUGUCCUUCUUUCUCUUACUCUCCUUUAUUCACAUUUUUCCUUCUCUCUCUUACUCUCCUUCAUUCUCUUACUCUCCUUUAUUUUCUUUCUUUCCUUCUCUCUCUUACUGUCCUUCUUUCUCUUACUCUCCUUUAUUCUCUUUCUUUCCUUCUCUCUCUUACUGUCCUUCUUUCUCUUACUCUCCUUUAUUCUCUUUCUUUCCUUCUCUCUCUUACUCUCCUUCAUUCUCUUACUCUCCUUUAUUCUCUUUCUUUCCUUCUCUCUCUUACUGUCCUUCUUUCUCUUACUCUCCUUUAUUUUUUUCUUUCCUUCUCUCUCUUACUGUCCUUCUUUUCUCUUACUCUCCUUUAUUCUCUUUCUUUCCUUCUCUCUCUUACUCUCCUUCAUUCUCUUAUUCUCCUUUAUUCCUCUUUCUUUUCCUUCUCUCUCUUACUGUCCUUCAUUCUCUCUCUCUCCUUUUUAUUUUCUUUCUUUUCCUUCUCUCUCUUACUGUCCUUCUUUCUCUUACUCUCCUUUAUUCUCUUUCUUUCCUUCUCUCUCUUACUGUCCUUCUUUCUCUUACUCUCCUUCUCUCUUUUACUUUCCUCCUUUCUCUUACUUUUUCUUUCUUUUACUCUCAUUCUUUCUCUUUCUUUCUCUUUUUUUUUACUAUAUUUCUCGUCAUCGUAAUCUAUUUUUCCUUCCUCUUCUUCUUCUUACCUUGUUUAUAAUAUUUUAUCUCCUUCUUUCCUCACUUUUCAUAUCAUUUAUUUAA